AUGGCUGCGUGUGCAUUGCCAAUUGUGAAGUACCCAAUCGGCACGACGUCGUGGUCACUAACCAGUGCUCAGGUACGCACGACGACGGUGAAAUCCCAUUCUCAGGAGGAGAAGAAAGUACGGGACGCAAUGGCUGCGUGUGCAUUGCCAAUUGUGAAGUACCCAAUCGGCACGACGUCGUGGUCACUAACCAGUGCUCAGGUACGCACGACGACGGUGAAAUCCCAUUCUCAGGAGGAGAAGAAAUGUCGGAGCAUUGUGCAGCGAGGUAUAAAUGAGAUGGACACUUGCACGUCGAGAACGUCGACUGAGGCCAGAACGUGCAAGAGUGCAGCUUUCGUUAGCUGGAUGGAAAUCGCUACAGCAAAGACUCAUUGA